AUGGGCCUGCUUACGCCGAGCGACGGCCCCUCUCCUGUGUCGUUCGGCUCGCCAGAAGAUCCCACCCUCCAGUCCUUUGGUCUCUUUCGUGCCGAUGGCUUUGCUACAAUACCAAACGAUACUCUCGACCCGUGUAGGUUGAAGAGACCGCACUACAAGUCGAGGAGCGGCUGUCUCAACUGUCGAAAGCGCCCCUUCCUGCAGUGCGAUGAAAAGGCGCCACGUUGUUCGCAUUGCCAGCGCCGGAAUGAGCCCUGCCAGGUCCGUCGGUGCUCAAAGGCUCCCCAGCCAGAGCCUCCACGGCGGGAGGUCGCCAUUGUCUCUCGGCCGAGCUCAGGUUCUUGCCAAGUCCCAAGGUCGCCUUCAGCGGCAGCCGCAGGCCCAACCCCGAACGCAACGGUCAACUUGCGGCACAUGAAGCUGUACCACCACUUCACCACCCACACCGUCCACACACUACAUUUCGGGCUGUCGGUCUGGGAAACAGCCAUCAAGGUUUCGGUCGAGUGUCCCUCGGUGAUGCAUGCUCUGCUGUGCGUCUCGUCGAGGCACCUUGCCUACCUCCACACGGACGAUACCUCCUACGAGAUGGCCGCCGCCACUCACCUGUCUGAAAGUCUCCGGCACUUUCACGAAGACUUCCCCCAGGGACUCGAGGUGUCCAACCUUGACGCCUUCGCAUCCACCGCCAUCCUGGUCGCGUACGAACUUUGGGCUUCCACCGAGUUUGCGCUCCUCGACGCGGGCGGAGGGGCCGCCGCGUACGACCCGUCCCAGGACCGCCUGUUUCGCCUCGGCGACUCUAUGGUGGUAGCGAUCAUGAAAUCUCUGCCCUGGAUAUUCGAGACGCCGUCGAUGCUUACCGAAAUGGUGGCGCACAGUCCCCGGCAGAGCCUGCGCCGGCGGGCUCGGCUCAAGAGGGGUACGGUCGAGUUCUUUCAGAUAUUCUACUCGCACGCGAGACCCGUGUCGGUCGAACAGCUCUCCGUCCCCCCCAUGUUCAUGCGGUCGGAGCCCGGCGAGGACACCGACGCGCCCCUCGACGAUUGCCUGGGCAAUGAAGAUCUGGCCGGACCCGUGUUUCCACGGUCGGACAGGUACAGCCAAGUUAUCACGCGGCUCUGUUUGCUACUCUCUUUCCUCCCAGAAGCCGGCUGGGUUGGCACUGAUGAAGAGCUUGAGGAGGUGAUGUGGGACCUAAACAGAUAUAUCUUCACGUUCCCGGUAAUCGCGUUCGGAGCGUUUAUCGAUGGGGAAGGCGCCGUUUCUAACGAUCCCAAGCCGAUGCUGCUGCUCUAUCACUUCUAUCGCGCCACGCGCAUCUUGCUGAAGGGUAACAAGCAUUGGUGGGCGCAUCGUAGGUCGCGGCUGUUGGAGUCGACGUUGAAGCGGAGUCUGCUCAGCGAAUGUAUCAUUAACUGUGGCGAGGAGGCUUGA